UCCAGAACAUCUGUUUGCGAAAAAAAUAUUUUCAUUCGAUUUUCGCCCUAAAUUAGCUAGCCAAACAAUGAAUCUAAUUAGCGGAAUAAAGCUGUACAUUGAUAAAAUGUGCUCCGAGUCUGGGCCAGGCAUGAAGAUAAUCCUGCUGGACAAGGAGACGACGAGUAUCAUUUCAAUGGCAUUUAGCCAGUCGGACAUGCUGCAGCGGGAGGUGUACCUGUUUGAGCGUCUCGAUUCCGGGAGGUCCAACGAACGGCUGAAGUACCUAAAGUGCAUCGUAUUUAUCCGACCCACGAAGCAGAACAUUCAACUCCUGGCCAACGAACUGCGGAAUCCCAAGUAUAGUGCCUACUACAUAUAUUUCACCAACAUCAUACCCCGCACGGAUAUAAAGUAUUUAGCAGAGUGCGAUGAAUCGGAAUCGGUGCGAGAGGUUAAAGAGCUGUAUGCGGACUAUCUCUGUGUUAAUCCGAAUCUGUUCUCCCUCAACCUACCAUGCUGCAUGGCCAAUCUUAACUGGCUUCCUGACGCCCUAUCACGCAGCAUGCAAGGAAUAACUGCAGUGUUGUUGUCCUUAAAGCUGAACCCGGUAAUUCGUUACCGAGCCGGCUCCCAGGCUGCCCAGCUUCUGGCCAAACAGAUCUACGAGCAAAUUACCAAAGAAUCGAGCCUUUUUGAUUUCCGCUCCAACAUAGAUGGAGCUGCCCCACCACUGCUGUUAGUACUCGAUCGAAGAGAUGACCCUGUCACGCCGCUACUGCACCAAUGGACAUAUCAGGCUAUGGUCCAUGAGCUUUUGCACAUAAACAACAACCGUGUAGAUCUCUCUGACAGACCCAAUGUCCCCAAGGACUUUAAGGAACUAGUCUUGUCCGGCGACCAGGAUGAGUUCUACGGCAACAACAUGUACUCCAACUACGGUGAGAUAGGAUCGACUAUCAAGCAGCUAAUGGAAGAGUUUCAGCGCAAAGCCAACGAUCAUAAGAAGGUUGAGAGCAUCGCCGAUAUGAAGAACUUCAUCGAAUCGUACCCGCAGUUCAAGAAAAUGUCCGGCACAGUGCAGAAACAUCUUUGCGUGAUAGGCGAACUUUCGGGACUGAGUAAUAAGCGAAACCUAUUCGAAGUUUCCGAACUGGAGCAGGAAAUCGCUUGCAAGGCGGAGCAUUCAGCUCAGCUGCAGCGUAUAAAGAAGUUGAUUGCCGACGAGCGCAUUUCCAUCGAGGACUCCCUUAAACUCGUAGCUCUCUACGCGUUGCGAUACGAACGCCACGCCAACUGCGAUACCUCUGGUCUGCUGCAGAUUAUUAAGUCACGAGGCGGUCGGGCUGCUGUAAUUCCAGCCCUUGUUGAAUAUGCUGGCACCCAUGUGCGGCAGGGAGAUCUUUUCAAUAUGGUGCGAAUAACUGAUGCCGUAAAACUGACCCGUAAUCUAAUCAAGGGCCUGAAGGGUGUGGAGAACGUCUUUACCCAACAUACUCCUCUAUUGAAGGAGACUUUGGAGGAUGUUUUCAAGGGUAGAGAGCUCGAUCCUCAAUUUCCAGCUAUCAAUUCAGAGCUAGUGCCAUUCCGAAGACCGCCUCAGGAGGUGGUUGUCUUUAUUAUUGGCGGUGCCACCUAUGAGGAAGCGCUAUCCGUUCACCAGCUUAACAAUGCUGGUUACAGGGUCAUCCUCGGAGGCACAACAAUACACAAUUCGGAAAGCUUUAUCAACGAGGUCCUGGCUUCUACAAAUGGUAUCCAAUUCAAACAUACCAAAUCAAUGAUAAAGUACUGUUCCACAGACAAUAUAUAAAAC